UGUUUGGGGCACGAUUCCGUGACGCCACUUCCGCCAUGAAGUUGUAGAUGCUCUGUCAAGUCUGAGCACAGAGAGAUUUGAUGUGAAUGUCUUCUGCCCAGAGUCAACACAGCUAUGGGAGAGGCCUUCUAUAGCGGCAGGGUGCACGCGUCCAUAGCAAGUUCAUUAGAUCCAACUAUUGACUUAAUUAUGAAGCACGUAGACCUAGCUCCUUUUAGGUUAGACUCAGUGCAGGCCAUUCACAUUGCGGUCAUCAUGGAGGAUCUAUUUGACCAGUUGGAAGUUCUGGGCAGUGCUCAAGCGGGCCCGACAGUUGAGCUCAGAUCAAAGACUUCGUUCUAUGACCACCAGCCCAGCAAACAUGGAGCUUGGUGGGACAAGCCAGAUUUUCGCAGUGCAUCGAACAUGUUCCCCCACGAUGACGUGGGCUUCCUCAGCAAGCAUCAGUAUAAUUCUCGCAUACCUAAGCUACUGUUUGAGACCUACUUCCCCAGGGCGCCGAAACCAACCAGAAGGCUGACAGAGAUUAUCAGAUGUUCUGGCAUCAAAACAGAUAACGCUGCUGGUAAACUGCAAGCAGACAGGGCAUUUCUUCAAUGGUCGCUUCAUUUGAUCUUAGAGGAUCUACUCAAGCACAAUUCUUUUGAAGCCCUCAAGUCCGUCAUUGAAGGGGAACAGAAUAGAAAGAAAUACAUGACUGAUGUCUUCUCUAAGAUAUUGCAGGAUAUGGAGCGAAUAAAACAAUUGAAGAUUGAUAUAAAAAAGACUAAGAAAGAAAAACUCAAAGAGUUUCAAACCCUUGACGCCCAGAUCUUUGAGACACGUGACAACCUUCUAGAGUUACAGUUUAGAAAACCUUUGGAGGCGGCAUAUGUACAAAAAUGUGGUAAGGCAACUAUCAGCAGAGUAAGAAAGAUGUGCUUGAAGACUGAGAAAGAGGCCGGAGAUGACAUGAAGGAGGCCAAGUUUCACAUUGCCAACGAGAGUAGAUGUCACGACGCUAUGAUGAAGAUAAUCAAAUCCAAAAUGAAGAACACUAAGCAGACUCUCUAUGACUAUUGGGCAGAUAGGUAUGAGAAAGAUACAACAAGACUUCAGGCUGAGCUGGAUGAGAUUAAACUAGAACGGUCCAGAGACCUGUCUCGCAUGACUUACUUACGUAAGAUGAUUGAUGACUAUGAAGAAAUAGUCCAGGAUGACAGACGUAUCAAGAAGCUGUCCACAGACAAAGUGUUGAAGAAUGAACGAGAGAAAAAGAAUGCAACUCGUCUCCAGGCCUGGUGGAGGGGCACCAUGGUACGCAGAGCUCUCGGGCCCUUUAAGCUUCUAGUGGCAGAUUUGCGAGCCAGGCGGAACUCUCGUAGCGAGAAAAAGAACUAAUCAGCUUGAACCUCAAUCUGGAGAUCUCUUGAAGCCGAAACUCAAAGUCGUGUCUACACAUCAGUGUACAGUGACUGGGAUCAGCUGAUCUUUAGUUGGAAGUUUGAAGAAUAAUUAAACUACCUGGUGAUUACAAAAACAACUCAAUUGGCUUCCCAGCACAGUUUCACAGUGCAUCCUAUCAACGCGCAAUGAUAUUUGAAUAAUUGUUGUGUUUUUUUAUACGUAUACUAUGUAGUCUUAUACAGUCAUAUUCUUUUUAUGUUUUUAUAACAAUAUACUAGAAAUAUAUUAAAACUUUUGUUGUACCAUAAAAA